AUGUUCUCGACAUUUACGGGCAACUCGCGGCGCCCUCGAAACGUCAACCUCAGUGGUUCUACCGGGAAUCCUUUUGCCAACACCUCAUGGUCACCGUCUGCCGUUUCGAACGCUACAAAAACCGUGUCGAAUGCCCAAGCCGAGCGUGAAAAGCGACAAAUUGAGCGAACGAAACUAAAGGCUGCUGGGAAGAUACAACGAACAUGGAGGGGCUAUAAAACAAGAGAAGUAUUAAGGGAAUCUCAGAGGCAUUCCUUUGAUGCUCUAUACAAGCCUGGAUCCAGCCAAACACCAUCCGAAAGGCUUCCUGAAGCAUUUCCCUUGCUUCUGUCCUUCUUCGCCUUGCGACGAGAUGACGACAUUCAAAGAGCUAUCUGUUAUGCGCACGAUACCGAGUCUGUAGAUCUCCGUCAAAUCGUACCGCCGAACGUUCACCCUUCACGAAUAGGACAACUUAUUCGAUUGCUUCUAUCUGCAGUAGACAAGUCGGUUUCAGCAAGAAAUCUUUCCGAUGAGACACACCUCAUUUUCAAGCUUGUUGUCCGCCUUGUGAAAAGUUAUCCCAACUUGGGUCUCCUUGUGAUCGACAGUUACUACAAGGUGGUUGGUAAAGUGUGUCAAGCUCGAAGUCUUGGUGGGCAAUGGCGAAACAUUGUGCUCCAAGCAAUCACUAACCCCUUCGAGGUUGCUUCUUCAGAAGUGAUUGCACAAGUGUAUCAUGCCUUUGCGUUCUCGUUCUUGAUCACAGAUAACAUAUGUUAUUUCGAAGAGAACAUUUCAGAUGUGUCCCAUACAAUUCGCUUCUCUCAUCUGGCGAGGGCGAUAGUGGCCGGUUUAUCACCAACCGAGAGCCCCCGAUAUUCCCAAGAUGGUCAACUCUGGCAGCUUGCUCAUUUCAUUGAUCUGGCUCGCUUCAGCACUGAUUCUAGCCCCGACACAGGGAUCUUAGAGACACUUUAUACUCAACUCUCAACCCUCUCUUCUUCUAUCAGCACUCGGCUGUCGGUUUCGAUUAAGACAAAUGAGGACGACGAGAAUGAUUCUGAAGAGCCACUCGCACCACCACUUGAUCCAUAUGUUACUUCUCAAUUAAUGUCUCUAGUGGACAGCAAAGGCAUCAUACAGACCUUACACGACUUCUCCGUCAAUCUUGCGAGAUCUUCACGACAAGAGUACCAGAGCACAAGCUUUCUUGCAGGAUACAUCUUAACCCUACUUCGAUGCUUUCCUUCGAAAGGUGACGAUAUCCGAAUGCGCCUCUUCCUCGAAGAAAUCCCUACAUUAACGGGCGAUGUCCCAACCAUCAAGUUUCUCUGGCAAAUGAUGGUAAAGACAACUGUCUUUAACAAGUUGAGGACAGAGUCGGAGCAGCCUCUCGAUGUCUUACGCAGAUAUCUUGGUGCUACGGCUAGAAAUGCGGAUUCUUCUGAAGAGGAGCAAGACUGGCGAAUCAUCCUUUUGUUCCUUGAACUAUACAUCUUCAUCCUUCGUUUGAGCGAUGACGAGGACUUCUUUUAUGGCAUUUACCCACCAGUCAUACAGCAAGCCCCGUCCACUUCCCGCAUUCGAUCAUGCAGUCUCUCACUGGAACAUGUUGAGAUGCUAACAUGCUUUCUCAAGAACACUGCUUUUACUCUCCAUUACAAUACGCACGAACUUACCAAGUCACUUAAUGAUCUGGAGGCAGCUUCCCAACAACGCAUGGAUACUUAUUUCAGUACUAGAGGACCAUCCUCGACGAACCAAGGGCAUGACGCACGAUUACACCAAAGUCCGACAAGUUUGGAUAUUGACAGCUUGCGGAACAUUGUGACAUCAGCAAUGAAAAUGCUGUACGAGCGAGACUCACGGAAACAGUUCUUGCCUACAAAUCACUGGCUCAUGACAUCAAAGCUUGAUCAGGGAGACUUCAUCGCCGCCGUUAUUGCAGAAGAACAGCGGCAGAUCGAGGAGGAUUCGGAUGAUAGUGAUGACGAUAUGGAAAACGAAUAUGCCAGUGUUCCAGGGUUCUAUUCGACCAUAGCUGGUCAGCGACUGUCACGACAUGCAAGACUUGAGCGAUUGAAGUCUCAGCAGGUACGAAGCCAAAAAGAGCGCCGUCUAGCAGAGAUGGGGCCAAAGCUGGAGAUAUUGAAACACAUGCCCUAUGCUGUCCCCUUCGAAACCCGUGUCAUGAUCUUCCGCCAGUUCAUCAAUCUCGAUCGAUCUCAGAGAGAGGGCAACAGCCUGACGUCCUUUAGCAGUCCUUUCGCCAAACACCAUGCGCAAAUCUCGCGGAAGCAACUCUUUGAAGAUGCAUACAAGCAAUUCUACGAGAUAGGGGAGGGUCUCAAGGACCCGAUUCAAAUCACAUUUGUCGAUCAAUUCGGUGCUCAAGAGGCUGGAAUUGAUGGCGGCGGUGUUACGAAGGAGUUCCUCAUCAGCGUUACGACGGAAGCGUUUGGCUCUGACCAUGGUAAGGGCAUGUUUACAUCAAACGAAAAGGGACUGCUCUUCCCUGAUCCUAUAGCGCUUGAUGUUGUUCGUGAAAAACUCAAGAUGAGCGGGUAUUCGGAAACUGACAAGGAGUACCGAGAUUGCAUUGGAAAUAUACUCAAGCGCAUGGAAUUCCUUGGUAGAAUUGUGGGCAAAUGCAUGUACGAAGGUAUCCUCGUCGACCUGGCAUUUGCUGGCUUCUUCCUCCUCAAAUGGGCGUCAACGGGUCCCAACGACGAGAAGAACUACAAAGGCAGCGUCAACGAUCUUCGCGACAUGGAUGAGGAGCUCUACAAUGGAAUGCUGCGACUCAAGAAUUAUUCGGGAGACGUUUCAGAACUAGGCAUUGACUUUACGAUUGCAGACCAGAUCUCACCACCAGGCGACCCAGUCAAGACCGUUACCAAGAAGCUCAUUGCCAAUGGCGAUCAAACCUACGUUACGAAUGACAACCGACUACUGUACAUCUCGUAUGUUGCUCGCCAUCGCUUAAUCGUUCAGCCAUCUCUACAGACCACGGCCUUUUUACACGGCCUGCGCUCCAUCAUCCGACCCAACUGGCUGUCCAUGUUCAACCAGUCAGAGCUACAGCGUCUGGUGGGUGGUGACUCGUCUGAGAUUGACAUUGAAGAUCUCCGUAAGCACACAAUUUAUUCGGGUUUAUAUGAGGUAGGUGAUGAUGGAGAAGAGCACGACACUAUCAAGAUAUUCUGGAAGGUUAUGCGCAGCUUCACAGAUGCUCAGCGUCGGGAUGUGCUCAAGUAUGUCAGUUCUACACCGCGAGCGCCUUUGCUGGGUUUCUCGCAAUUGAGGCCAAAGUUCAGCAUUCGUGAUGGAGGUUCAGAUGAGGAGAGGCUUCCGAGCACGAGCACGUGUGUCAAUCUGCUCAAGCUGCCGAAAUACACUUCGGAGGCGACGCUUCGGGAGAAGUUGCUCUACGCCGUACAGUCGGGGGCAGGUUUCGAUUUGAGUUGA